CACUCCAGUCAGCAUAUAGCGGUCUGCGACUUUAAGGCAAUGCUGCUACUGUGACGUCUAAUCUAGUAGACGGAACGCUUCUUUCAACAGCAGCAACAGUUCGUCAGACACCUCGGUAGCUUGCUAGCCAAAAUAUACGAACAAAUAAAGCUCUUUAGACGCUUUAGUGUAUAUUUGCCACUGUAUUUUAAAACCACUUCUGUCGCCUAGUUAGUUAUCCGUUUUCAUUUCAUAUUUACGGUAUUGUUUUUAUUAUUCAUCUAGCGGGCUGGUUAAGUUAGCAUUAGCCUAGCUAGCUAACAUAUCCAACCAUGAGGUCACUAAGCUACUCUCUUGUUAAUGAAGAGGAGGACUGCUGGACGGAGAAAGAAGCUCUCAUCACAGAGGAGAAGGAAGAGGAGGUAAUCACAGUAAAACAAGAAGUAGAGGGUGAGGCUGUUACUGUGAAAAAAGAAGAGAUAGACGUUACAGUGAAAGAAGAGGAAGACGCGUUCAGAGUGAAAGAGGGGGAGGAUUUUACAGUAAAAGAGGAAGAAGAGAAAGAGGAGGAUGCAGCUUUUGGGGUGAAAGAGGAGGAGGGGGAGAUGACUGUCACAUCGAAAAAGGAGGGGGAGGAAACUGGAUAUCUGGGCCCUGUUUCCCAAACGGCCCUGGGUGAGGCUGUUACAGUUAAACAAGAAGUAGAGGAUGAGACUGUUACAGUGAAAGAAGAGAAAGACGUUUCAGUGAAAGAAGAGGAAGACGCGUUCAAAGAGGAAGAGGAUUUUACAGUAAAAGAAGAAGAGGAUGCAGCUUUUGGGGUGAAAGAGGAGGAGUGGGAGAUGACUGUCACAUCGAAAAAGGAGGAGGAGACAACUGGAUAUCUGGGCCCGGUUUCCCAAACGCAUCUUAUGGCAUCCAUUGGUUCUAAGGAUGAACUUAGCCAUAAGAUGGUUUUGAGAAACCGUUCCCUGAUUAACACUAGAGAGAUACGGGACUAUCGUGGAUCCUCUGGGGAGCCUCAACAACCUCAUGAUGCUGACGAGGCAGAGAAGAGUCUCUCCAGAUCAGAACACAUCAAUAAACACCUGCAGAGAUCCACAGGGAAGAGAACUCACUGCUGCUCUGACUGUGGGAAGAGUUUUUGUCAAUCUAGUGAUCUGACAGUGCACCAGAGAACACACACAGGAGAGAAACCUUAUAGUUGUAGUCAAUGUGGGAAGAGUUUUACUACAUCUAGCAAUCUGACUAUACACCAGAGAACACACACAGGAGAGAAAUCUUAUAGCUGUGAUGAAUGUGGGAAGAGUUUUACUACUUCUGGCUAUCUGACAGUGCACCAGAGAACACACACAGGAGAGAAACCAUAUAGCUGUGAUCAAUGUGGGAAGAGUUUUAGUCAAUCUAGCAAUCUGACUAAACACCAGAGAACACACACAGGAGAGACACCAUAUAGCUGUGAUCAAUGUGGGAAGAGUUUUAGUCAAUCUGGAGAACUGACAGUGCACCAGAGAAUACACACAGGAGAGAAACCGUUUAGCUGUGAUCAAUGUGGGAAGAGUUUUUCUUCUUCUGGCUAUCUAACUAUACACCAGAGAACACACACAGGAGAGAAACCUUAUAGCUGUGGUCAAUGUGGGAAGAGAUUCGCCUCAUCAGUAAAACUUAAAAUACAUCAAAGACAUCACACAAGAGAGAAACCAUAUGGCUGUGCACAAUGUGGAAAGAGUUUUUUUACAUCUAGCCAUCUGACUGCACAUCAGAGAACACACACAGGAGAGAAACCAUAUAGCUGUGAUCAAUGUGGGAAGAGUUUUGUUCGAUCUGACCAGCUCACAGUGCACCAGAGAAUACACACAGGAGAGAAACCGUUUAGCUGUGAUCAAUGUGGGAAGAGUUUUACUACAUCUGGCUCUCUGACUUUACACCAGAGAAUACACACAGGAGAGAAAUCUUAUAGCUGUGGUCAAUGUGGGAAGAGUUUUGUUCGAUCUGGAGAUCUGACAGUGCACCAGAGAAUACACACAGGAGAGAAACAGUUUAGCUGUGAUCAAUGUGGGAAGAGUUUUGUUCGAUCUGGCCAUCUGACAGUGCACCAGAGAACACACACAGGAGAGAAGCCUCUUAGCUGUGACCAGAGAUAAUCUGAUAAAAGAUCUCUGAUCAAAUAUCAGAAAAUGUAUAUAUGAAGGAGUUGUGUCAUGAUAUCAAUGAAUUAAUGUCACAAUGUAGAAUGUUUUAACAUUGUAGUAGGAGUGUUUUAAUGUCUCAAUGUAGAAUGUUUUAAUAUAUAGUAUAUAAAUAUACUCUGCAGUCAGUCAGUCAGAAUGUCACAAUGUAGAACCCUAAACAUUUGCCCCCUUAUCAAUUGAUUUCAACAUGAUAUGGAUAUUAGGCUCAUUGGGGGAAAUCCAGGCUCUGAAUUGAAAGAGUACUAUUUAUGUGAUUCAACACAGUGACUAACAAAAAAAGAGUUGUCCUCUAACCAGUGAUGUACACAUUAUUCCCAGAAUCAACUGAUUUCAACAUAAUAUCGAUGAGUGAUGACAAAUAAGUGUUGUGUUCCUUUGUUUAGCGACCCCUAAAUUUAAAUGCAUCACUCCAAUAUGUAGCUGACUGUCUUCUGCAGGUUGUCCUCUAACCAGUGAGCUAAAAUAUAUCUCCCUUUUCCAUGUUUUUUAGUUGUGUUAGUUUCAACAGCACAUACAACCUGAUUUCCCCCAUAAUCGAUAUCAGUGAUUUAUUGCUACUUGUCAAAACAACAGUGUUUCUAGUGCUUGUGCAGUUUAUAAGGAGCUUGUUUUAAAAAAAGACAAUUAUUGUGGCAGAUGUUUGUGUAUAUACCACAUGUUAGGUUUUCAAUUUAUCCCAAACUGUUUCUGCAUAUUGGUUAUUGAUUUGGACACGUUAAUACUAUGUUUUGACAUUGGGCUAUCCCACUUAGCAAAAUGUAAUUGAAAAGCCGUUGAAAAUAAUACUAUGCAAUCAAAUAUUUCAUAUAACAUUUAGUAAUGAAAAUUAUUCAUGCAACCAACUGACAAUUUUUUUGUACAAUUAUAUUGACAUUGUUGCCCUGUUUUUAGAAAAUCAGGGUUAAUUCUCACAUGUGCCAAACCAAAUGUACUAGAGCAUGACAUUGGGGACUGGGCCCCGAUCCAACAACAUGCCUAUCGAGUGAACUCUGAAAAGAGAGAGAAGCUCCGCAGUGAGGUGGAAAGUUACUACGGAUAUUGCAGGAGUUUCCUCUUGAAAUCAGACAUGUCUGUGGUGAGAACAACCUGGUUGCUGAUUGUCUCAAGGGGGGCAGUCAAAAUGUUUUGUGUUUUGCGUUUAGCCAGGGCAUUGCCAUGGAUCACAGUUUAUUUUUACUGCACGUUUUUCCGUAUUGGAGAUGAGUUUUGUUUGGGCUCGUUCCAAGGGGACGAGAGUUCUAGAAGCUGGUGAGUUCUAGAAGCUAUAGAAAGAAAAAUCUUUGUGGGAAUAAUAAAAAAUAAAUAUUGUUUGUAAUUGUUGUUGCCAGUAGACAGACACCAUGUUUAUAUUGGUGAAGGUGAAGCAUUGUAGUUGAUUAUAAUGUGAAAUGGAAGUUGUUUUCUGUUGUUAGUGAGCAUUCUCUUAAGGUGUUAGUUAGUCUUUCGUUUUUCCAUUUAUGUUUUGAGGUUGGACUUUAGCACGUAUAGCUAGUUAGCACGUAGGACGCACUGAUUGGUGUCACCUCGUUAGUCAGUAUGUGUUACACCUGUGCUGGCUUGUCCAUCUCGUUAGUGGGAAGGUGUUUCACCUGAUCCGGUCCAGUUUCUAUUUAAGAGUGUCUGGCCCAGUGCUCCAGUUGUCUUGAUAGAUGUGGAGAGUCAACACCUUUAGUUGCUCCACCUUUUUGGUUUGCUUCCUGUCUUUAAGUUUGCUGUGGGUUUUUAUUUUGUUUGCUUCUUCUUGGGCAGAUUUAGUGGGUCUCAUGGUGGGUGUCUUUUAGGUCCCAGUUGUUACGAGUCAACUUUCAGUCGACACCCCCAUAGUGUCUUUGAGAACCCCUCCUAAAAAACAAGCUUAUAUUUUGGGUUGGAUAUUUCAUCCAAUUAGUGUUUUAAUCAAUGGCAUUUCCUUAGAAUGCUCAUUGGUCUUUCAGUUAAUUUUCUGUUUUUUUUAUCCUCUUAUUUUUGUGUACUAAAUAUUUCAGUUUAUUUUCAUUGUUUUCUCCUGUGAAGCCAUUGUGUUGUAACCAUGUGUGAAAUGUGCUGUAUAAAUAAAGCUUGAUUUGAUGUCAACAAUUGA